AUGAUUAAUUCUACCGCAUUAACAGCAACACCAAUACUUCAGAAUGGGACUACACUACAAGCAAUUGUUUGGUGUUUUUUUAUGCCCCUAAUUCAUGUAUUCGGUCUAUUUAGUAAUUUAUUGUGUAUUAUCGUUUUUUUUUCAAAAACAUUUAUUAAUAAACCGAUUGCUAUCUAUUUUAUUGCAUUAUUAGUAUCUGAUUCAAUUACACUUAUGAUUGGCUAUUUUGAAAUGUUAGAACGUGAAAAACAAAUGUUAAAUGGAAAUUUAUGUUUUCUUAAUCGAUCAGUAAUUAAAACGAUAUCAGAUUAUAUAUUUAAUAUUGCAAGACGAAUAUGUAUCGAAUGGUUAUUAUAUAAAGUUUUGUGGACACGUGUAUCAACAAUUUUAUUAGCAGUAUUAUCUAUACAACGAUCAAGAACAUUUUUCUCGUUAUCUUAUCAUGAAACACGUUUAUGUGCCGUAUUAGCAGUGCUUUUAUCUGCUUUUGGUGCAUUUGUAAUUACAUGUUUUGAAUGGAUGAGUUUUUCUUGUUCAAAACCUGAAAGUCCUUUAUUUUUUGCUCAAUUAUUUGGAGCAAUUAUGGAAAAUCAACAAACAAGAACUGAAUUAUUGAAAAUAGCAAAACUACCGUUAAAAGAUGAAUAUAAAUGUUUAGAAUCAGCAAUUAAUUAUUUUAAAAAUGAUACAAUAUUUUAUCAGCAGUUAUUUGAUGUUCAGGUAAGAAAAUAA